AUUAUUUUUCAAUAGUACAUGCGCUGUCAGAAUGUAAUCAAGAUUCCACUUUUGCAAGCCUAAAGAACCCUCCUACUGUCGAGGAAAAAUCCUAUUGGCAGGCUAUAGAGAACCUAAGCUAUUAUACUCUCUUUCUUAGUGGCACCACU